UUUUCUUUUGAAACUUACACCCUUGUAUUUUACACCACUCUCAGAGUAAGGGUAUAUCCCCUUGACAUUGGCCUCCAUCGAGCAAGUUGUCAUGUUUUGAUAAGAGACCGAGGGUGGUGAGGUCAUCAUCUAGACUCCUUAUCUUUACAGCCAUUUAAAGGAAAACUGCUAUACUGAAGACUGACUUGAGUAUCAGGUGAUUGAAAGUUGCUACAACACGAGGAUGGAGACAGAACCAAAUCCAGAAGAAGGAGCCAGCGCUCCAGACAAUUCCAAGGAAGAAGGAAGUCUGGACACAUCAGGGUUUGAAACAACUGCUGAGCGUCUGGAGGAGGUGAUAAAAAGCAUGGAGGUGAUGCUUUUGGACGUGGAGCAGUUGAGGACCACCUGCAGUGAACAGGCUUCUGAGCUGAUGCAUGCAGCAGCAGACCUCAGGAAGCAGCAAGAGGACCUUAAAGAGAGCUACUCCGAGCUGUCCCGAGAAAUACAGGAAAUCGUGGAAUCAAUGGACGACCUGUUCGGCACCAAGAGUGCCUGUGAACCUCAAGAGAAGCAAACACAGAAACUGAACCAGCAGCUUUGAGGGACAAAAAGUGACUGGCAGAUUUUGCUUCUCUUUGCAGAGUGUUUGGGGUUGUGGUUUUGAGUUUGGAUGCUUACAUUUUGAAUGGAUGGGUUGGUGACGGGGCGAGAUGCUGAAGUUUGACGUUGCUGAAUCGUACUUUCUUGUCUUUGUGAAGAUUUUUGUCAUUGAUUGCUAAGUCUAGCAACCACAAUAUUUUUUCUUAUUUUUAUAAUAUAAUAUCAUAAUAUAAUAUCACUGACUUUAUAUAUAUAUAUAUAUGAAUGCUGGAUUUUCCCUUAAAAUAAUAGUUUCAUUUAAACAUUAACAAUAUGAACCCAACAAAGGCACAGUUUAUUGCCUUUCUUUUUUGUUUGAUUGCUAUGUACUUGCAUCUUAAAGGCGAUGACAAGAGACUAUAACUUAAAGCCUAUUCUGCCAUUUAACUAAAGAUUUACUAUCAAGCUUGCUGUCAUUAUUCUCCCCCCUAUAUGAUAUACUAUUAUAUACUCACAUUCUGUUUUGAUUAUAUAGUUUUCUCUCGUCAGCCUGAAUGGCUCCUCUAGUAUUGCAGCUUAUUGGCACAGGAAUGUUGAUGUUCACUGAUUCCCGGUGUUCCUUGUCCUCCAUGCUAUGUUCACAUCCAGGCCAUGCUCCACUGUGGUUUCUUGCUAAAAUAAAACUAAAUAGAGCUUUAAACCUAUGUUUACUUCCCACUAGCUCCCCUGUUGUGAUUUACAUGUCUGUAUUUAGUGGUUACAGGAUGUGUGAAGGAGACAAUCAGUGGUGAGACACUUCAGAAAAAGCAAUCAAUGGAAAAUUCUCUUUCAUACUGAAUCACAUUUUAGUGCACUUCACAAAUAAUACAACUUUAAGAUAUGCAAGUUGCAGAAACAUAUUUAAAUUGCAUGUGAUGACAUAUGUAACCUCCUUUAUAUUAUGAAAUUGACCAAACUUUGAUGAUGUUCCAUUUCUGCAUGAAUCUAUACAUUACAUAUACAUUUGCAUAAUUUCUGUACCUCCAAAACAUUUGUGUGAAUAAAAAGACUUGAUGUAAAUUAACAACAUGAGUCUCAGUACGUGGGAGUUCUAACUUCAGACAUUCUGAUCCAGCAAGAAACAUAUUUACGAUCAAAACAGGAAAAAAAAAAAAGGAAAGAAAACCAGUGUUUCUCUUAGUGGUUGAAAUCUGACACUUUAUGGGCUGUGGUGUCAGUAAGCAGUGAGAGGGUGAUGGAAGAAGAAAUGCUGGGUGUCAUUGCCUGCCGUCACUGCUGAAGUGCACAUCCCACCGUGCAGCUGGUCAGCAAGCUGGGAAUUCACUUCAAUCAGUAGUUCAGCAGUGGCUUCAGGUGAACAUGAACAUCCUGCAAGUCCUGGGACUCCUACAGCUGCUGGCUGUACCUGCUUUUACAUUGACACGUUCGACCCACGACUACUGGGGUGAGUUUGGAGCCUAUGGACCCUGCAGCCGCAGCUGUGGCACAGGGGUGGCAGUGAGAACCAGGAAAUGUAUUACUUCAAGGACAGAUGGUGGCCAUAACUGCAUUGGAUCCUCCAAAUCAUUCCGCACCUGCAAUACACAUGAAUGCCCGGUGAGCUCAAGGGAUUUCAGGGAGGAGCAGUGCUCCCAGUUUGACAGAAUGGACUUUAAUGGAAAACGCUACACGUGGUUGCCUUAUUAUGGAGCAGCUAAUCCAUGUGAGCUCAACUGUGUCCCAAGAGGAGAGGAUUUCUUUUACAGACACAGAACUGCAGUGGUAGAUGGGACCCUGUGCUAUGUGGGCCGCAGUGAUAUCUGUGUGGAUGGCGUCUGCAGGAUACUGACCCGUGGAGAGUUUAUGGGCUUGGAUGAAGACACUAACUCAGUACACUCUUCUGCUCCAGUUGUUGUUGCUGCUCCUCAUCCAAGAGAGACAUUCACAUAUGUCUAUAGAGCUAGUGUGUUUGGCGAGUGCUCUACCUCGUGCAAUAGAGGCAUGCAGCAUCGUAGUGUGGAGUGUGUAGUUGAGGACCCAGUGAACCCCCGUGUGGUCGACGAGACUUACUGCAUUGCCCAGCGCCUGCAACGGCCACCGAGUCAGCAGGCCUGCAACAUGCAUCCAUGUACUGCAGAGUACAGCGUGUCCAGCUUCAGUGUGUGUUCAGCGACCUGUGGAGAAGGACAGCAGACAAGGGAAGUUGUUUGCGUUGGACCAGGAGGCGAACAUCUGCCUGAUCAUGCAUGUAGUGGACUGGUUCGACCUCCUUCUGUCCAGGCCUGCCGCAGACCUGCCUGUUACACACGCAUAACCUGGCAUAUGACAGAGUACGGCCUGUGUUCGAGAAGUUGUGGUGGUGGUGUGAGGGAGAGGAGAGUUGCCUGUUUUGACACUGAUUUGAACCCCUACCCUGAAGAUCGUUGUGGGUUAGCUCACAGACCACAUUCUGUGGAGGAAUGCAACACGCAGCCCUGCCCUGGGGUGCAAACGGUCCCAAGUGUGCAGGACCCAAGGCCAGGUGGAAGCACUAUUAGAGGAUUUGUGCCCCAUAUUCCAGAAGAACCUUCAGUUUCAAGGCCAGCUACAAACACUGUGUAUGACCCUUACCCUAAUGAGGUGAGACCUCACUGUACGCAGUCGCCUUACGGCUGCUGUCCUGAUGGCCGUACCUCUGCCACGGGGCCCAGGAACCAGGGCUGCUCACAAGAAGACUGUGUCCGCACUAGGUAUGGCUGUUGUUUGGAUGGGGUGACACCGGCUCGAGGAUUCGGACAGGCUGGGUGUCCUGAGUACCAGACUGUGCAGCACCCAUCACCCACUCCUCCAUCCACUGGCAAUUUGUGCUCCCUGCCUCGUGAUGAGGGCCCCUGUGAAACCUGGACGGUCCGGUUCUGCUAUAAUCCUGCCACUGCCAAGUGUACCGAGUUCUGGUAUGGAGGCUGCCAGGGCAAUCCCAACAACUUUGCGUCCCUGGAGGCAUGCCAACGAGAGUGUGGAGGUGUGGCGAGGGUGCCUGUAUCCACACCUCCAAGAGAAACUACAAGGAGAGUGACACUCAGGGACCUUCUGAGAGCAAGGCCAUAACCACACAUGCCACUGAUAUCUCCAAAAGUGCCCAGUCAUGCUCCCUGUUUGAAGAAAAUCAAGUGAUUUUGGUACACAAAUGUAGCCUAUAGUAUAUACUCCAAAUAAAGAAAAAAAAGAAUAACAAACCACAUUACAUAUUUCAUUUAAAAAUAUGAUUUACCAUCACAAAUAUUAUAGCUCUUGGUCCUGGUUUCACUGUCUUUCAGUUUGUUUUUGUGAUCUCCACUAUGUCAGUGUAUGUGUUUUUGCCCUGUAGGUCGAGAUUAAAACAAAAAAAAUAAUUUCAUUGUAAUUACUCAAAUUAAAUCAUAUAUCCAAUUAAUAAAUUUUCAGCUAUGUUGUAAU